UAUGAAAUGCAGGCAGGCUGCAAAUCAACUGAAAAGUUACUUAUAUCACAUCAUCCAUGAUUUACGAGAACAGCAAUGAUUACAGUUGAGUCAAGUCGACCUGAUGAUGUAGGAGAAGGGGAGAAAAAAGGGAAGCCUCUACAGUGUUGGUCAUGUCGUGGCUAUGGCCAUCGAGCUGGAGAUAGAAAAUGUCCUAAAUUCAUCAGUGAUGCAACUCAAACUGAUCGCUUUAGAUGGAGUCAUGAAGACCCAAUGAGAAAGUAUAUAGAGGAUAGGAAACGAAGACAAAAAGAAGAAAGAAUUCAGCAACUGAAAGAUUUGAUAGCACAGACAUCAUCAUCUUCAGACUCCGACUUUAGUGAAAAAUCCACAAAGAAGAAAAAACACAGAAGUCAUAGAAAGAAGAAAGUAAAAAGAUUGAAAUCCUCUCAUGCCAGUGUAGAUUAUGACGAAGGAAAGGACUCAAUGAAACAUAGGGGUGAUAGAGAAGGUGAUUCCAGUGAACAGGAGAAAAGGAAAGUUAAGCAUCACAACCACACUGAUGAGAGAAAAAAGAAACACAAGCAUCUAAGUGACACUGAAGAUAGAAAAAGGAGACAUAAUCAUCAUAAUGAUACUGGUCAUAGAAAAAAGACAAAACAGAAACACAAAGAUUACAAGGAGAAAAAACGUCACAAAACCAAACGCAAAAGAGAUUAAAGAUGAUAAUAAAACACUUAA